GUAUUUUCAGUCAUUGUUGAAAAAAGAAGUUUUAAAUUUAUUAUUUUAUAUGAACUUACUUUUUCUUACUUAAAGUCUUUUGGUUUGGUGACCAAUAAUGGAAUAGAAAUACGUGGUGGAGUGUAUCGAAAAUAAGUGUUUGUGGCACUCUUAGGGUAACACCGUCUCAACCAUUAAAUUUACUGCCCAUAGACUUAUACAGCAAGCAACGGGCUGCAAAACGACACCCAGACUAAGAGAAUCUAGUUACAUUCUACAUACUUAGCAAAUUCAAUCCAAUUCUUGGACCAGUACCUACUGUUCACCGCAGAUAUUCCUACAAGUGGCGGAGUAAUUACGUCACCAUUUGCGGAUGAUACUGCCAUAAUAAGCGGACAUAAAUGCCCCUUUACAACCGCAAAAGGGCUAGCGAAAUGGCUUAAAAAAGUUAAUGAAAACAAGUGCAAGUACAUCACUUUUACAUCAGGGCAAAAAGCGUGCCCAACUGCUAAGCUCAGCAAUGUGUCGAUCCGCCAGCUAACGAAAUUACUUACCUCGGAAUCCACUUGGACAGUUGCUUAACCAGGAGACGAUUCAUUCAAAUCUGCCAGUUUACAUUGACCUUUAAACAAGAAAUCUAGACUUAGCCUUAGCAACAAAGUCCACUUAUAUAACGCAACAAUAAAAUCGAUAUGGAUAUGGAGCACAGCACGCACGACGAAUAUAGAUGCAGUUCAAAGGUUCCAAUCGAAAACGUUAAGAGUUAAUGAAAAUAUCCACAGAGAUCUAAAUAUAUCUAUCAUCAAGGAAGAGUUUGCAGUUGCAGCACAAGAAUACUUAAUAAAACUGCGUAACCAUCCCAACCCUUUGGCUAACACCUCGGCACAUGCAACAAGUCAAACCUGUCUGCGGAGAAAAGACAAAGCAGCCUUCUAAAGGCUUCCGAUGUCCAAGCCGAUUCAAUAAAUAAAUAUUAAUGUUAAACAAGAAGAGAUUCGAUAAGAUGGAACCAGGAAUUUUCGACAAAAAGGUUUUGCGGAAGCUUCGUGAUCCUUUACGUAUUUGUUACGACAAUUACUGCAGGCUGUGAAUGGAUAAGCUGUAGAAGAUAUUGCCAUAGCUCAGCAAAUAAAGAGACAUAGGCUAGUUCAUGUCAUCGGAUGCAGUCUUUACUGGAACUUCGUUGAAAAGAUCAGGUGAAAAAGGACCUGAGCUCGCUUGGUGUCAUAAAUUGGCUGCGAAGGAAAGAAACGACUGGCACUCAGUAAACGGUGCCUACGUCAAUUAAUUAAUCCAAGAACACUGCUCGAGCGGAAAAUCGUGUUCUGAGCUGAAAUUUCUGUUUGCAGACUGAUUAAAUAAAAGUGGAAGUGCGAAUUGAAACUCGUCUCAUGUAUCCUGCUUGGUAUCCAUUCGAUUACAAAGCAUCACGUAUUAACUUUUGGAUUGCAUAUGGCUACCAAUCUGUGGGCUUUUUAGUGCAAUGUACGCAAGCAUGCUCCGUAGAUACCUAUCCCCAAGCUUACAUGCGCAUCCUCAUCGCUCACAUGCAGGCGCUAUCUCUACGCAUCGAACGAAUCGGUCUUAAUGCGAAUGACAAUACUUCCACUUCACUGAAAUAUUUAACAAAAGAGGAAAUGAAACGGAAUUAUUAUGAGCUUGUCUCUUGCAUCAAGGAUCACAAAACCAUUAUCGAAUUAUUUUCAACUAUACAAAAGCCCAUCUCUGGCACAUCCAUGGCUCAAUUUGUUUGUACCGGUGUGGCUCAAUGCACCAUAGGCGUCUAUAUGCUUUACGUUGGCUUCAAUCUAUCCAUUAUGUUGAACAUGGCUGUCUUUUUCAUAUCAGUAACAAUGGAAACUCUAAUAUUGUGCUACUAUGGUGACCUCUUCUGCCAAGAGUGCGAAAAGCUUUCAAAGGCCAUUUACAACUGUAAUUGGACAAUACAAAGCAGUGAAUUUAAGAGGGCUUUGUGCAUUUUUCUGCUCCGAUCGCAGCGAGUUAAUGUAUUGAUGGCAGGUAAUUGGAUACCGGUGAAGUUGCCAACUUUUGUGAUGGUUGUAAAGUCGUCUUACUCUAUCUUCACCUUGCUGAGCAAUUUUAAGUAGACUUAUUUACUGGAUGUCUUAUAAAUUAUAUUGAAAGUUGUUUGGAACUUGGUAAAUUUUAUUUUUUUAAUUUUUUAUAAAACAUAUUUAAUGUACAUCAUUUGCCCAAGCGUAUGUAUUACACUCAAUAACUUAAAUAAUAUUUCUAGAAAUUAUUGAAAUACU